AACAUUUUCUUGGAUUUUACUCUUGUAUCUCUUGAUGAAUAUCAUUUUUUGGAAUUCUUAAGCAAUUCAUCCCACCCCCAACCCCAAAAGGGUAUAUGGGUGUCAGAGAAUGCUGCUUUUCUUUUGCACUUGAGUAAUAAUAAUUUAGCUAUAGAAUAGAAUUCUAUGGGAAAACAGAAACACACUAGAAUUCUAGGAACAAAAUAUUUUUAUUCUUGGAACUUUCAAAAUGUUGCCCUGUUGCUUUAUAGCCUUGUUGAUUAAGACCUUCUGCUGAGUUUUCAAAUUUAGUACUCUAAUCUCCACAAACACUUUGUUCUCUGGUAGCUCCUGUUUUGUGGCAGUCUGUGCUUAUUUUUUGUUUCCUUUUCACGUAAAAAUACUUUGCCCUUCCAUUGCUUGGUAUUUGCCUUAGUGAAAUUAAUACAAGCUUUUCUCCAUGUUGGAGAUGAGAGGAAGGUCUAAGCUCACAAUGAAGUAUUUCAGAAGCUCAUUUCUGAAUAAUUUUGAGACCCUGUUUAUUUUCACUAUUACUGUCAAUGCACAAUUUCUUUGUGGAAUUUUGCGAAUAUAUGUAAAUAUUGUAUGAAGACUUUUUUUUCCUGAGUGUAUAUUUACAUUUUGGGUAGAUAUUGCCAAAGAACCCUCCAGAAAUAUUUUUCUUUGUGCAUUCUUAUCAAAGGGGUAUUAGUUGUCAUUUAUUCACAUUUAUAAUAAUAAUAGGCAUUAUUCAUUAAUAUUUAGUUACUGGUUGUUUUGAAUCAUAUGCUUGUAAAUUUCCCUGUAAGGUACUAGAUUGUAGGUUCCAUUAGAAUGUAGGAACCAUAACCCUGCUGACCAUUUUAUCCAGAGUACCGAUUGUGCAUGGCAUUUACUAGGUUCUAAAUAAUUAUUAAUAAAUGAAUGAUUCUCUAGUGUGGAAGUCUCAUCAUGUCAAUUCUUGUCAAUGACUUACUUCUUGAAGCUCUAGGGAGCAUGUAAACUGGUAGGCACUUGCCAAACUCAUGUCUGUGCAGUUUAACCAGUUGUUUUUCCAGAAAGUUUCAUUCAGAACUCUGUGAAAUCAGGGCCCACAGUGAGGCUGUGUCUGUCUAGUAGUAUGUGUAUCUGUGUAUGAUAUUCAAAUGCAUUUUUAAAAUAAAGAAGUUACAUAUAUAUUUUUAAAGAUCAUUAAUCAGGAUUAUUAAUAUUUUCCUUUUUUGGAUUUCCCUAUCUUCCCAUUUGAACCACAUUUUCUGCUUUUCUUUAGUAUGUUUGGCAGAGAAAACUGAAAUGGAGGUAGUGGCAUGAGUCAGCAGAAAGUAUAUUUUUGGAGAUUUUAGCCCUGAUGAAUUUAAUCAGUUCUUUGUGACUCCUCGAUCUUCAGUUGAGCUUCCUCCGUACAGUGGGACAGUGCUGUGUGGCACGCAGGCUGUGGAUGACCUCCCUGAAGGACAAGAAUACCAGAGGAUUGAAUUUGGUGUUAAUGAAGUAAUUGAACCCAAUGACACAUUGCAGAGAAACCCUAGCUACAGUAUUUCAAGCACAUUGAACCCUCAGGCCCCUGAAUUUAUUCUCGGUUGUACAACUUCCAAAACGAGCCCUGAUGGCCUAGAUAAGGAAGCCAGCUACAGCUCCAUGGACUGCCAGUACCCAGGCUCUGGCCUGGCUGUGGAUAGCAGUUCUAAUGUGGAGGUGGAAGUUUUGGAAAACGAUGGUGUCUCAGGUGGUCUUGGACAAAGGGAGCGUAAAAAGAAGAAAAAACGGCCACCUGGAUAUUACAGUUACUUGAAGGAUGGUGGCGAAGAUAGUAUUUCCCCAGAAGCUCUGGUCAAUGGCCAUACCAAUUCAGCAGUCCUGAACAGCGUCAGCACAGAGGAUGCAGAAUUUAUGGGCGACAUGCCUCCAUCGGUUACGCCCAGGACUUGUAACAGCCCUCAGAACUCCACGGACUCCGUCAGUGACAGUGUCCCUGAUGGUCCUUUCCCCGGAGCACUCAGCAGCGACACCAGGACUGCAGAGCAGCCUGAGGGGGUCCACGGGACUGAUUUUGAUCAGUCCUGCUUCCCUGCAGAGGCUGCUAGAGACAACCUGUUGAGGACAGCUGGGGCUCAGCCCUGUGUUGGUACCGAUACUACUGAAAACCUUGGAGUUGCUAAUGGACAAAUACUUGAAUCCUCGGGUGAGGGCACAGCUGCCAAUGGGGUGGAGCUGCACACCGCGGAAAGCAUAGACUUGGACCCCACCAAACCCGAGAGUGCUUCACCUCCUGCUGACGGCGCCUGCUCUGCCUCCGGCGCCAUUCCCAUUAGCCAGCCCAAGUCCUGGGCCAGUCUCUUCCAUGAUUCUAAGCCUCCUUCCUCUUCGCUUGUGGCGUAUGUGGAAACCAAGUAUUCCCCUCCUUCUACAUCUCCCCUGGUCUCUGAAAAGCAGGUUGAAGUCAAAGAAGGGCUUGUUCCAGUUUCAGAGGAUCCUGUAGCCAUAAAGAUUGCAGAGUUACUGGAGAAUGUAACCUUAAUACAUAAACCAGUGUCAUUGCAACCCCGUGGGCUGAUCAAUAAAGGAAACUGGUGCUACAUUAAUGCUACACUGCAGGCACUGGUUGCAUGCCCUCCGAUGUAUCACCUGAUGAAGUUCAUUCCUCUGUAUUCAAAAGUGCAAAGGCCUUGCACGUCAACACCCAUGAUAGAUAGCUUUGUUCGGCUAAUGAAUGAGUUUACUAAUAUGCCAGUACCUCCAAAACCCCGGCAAGCUCUUGGGGAUAAAAUUGUGAGGGAUAUCCGCCCUGGAGCUGCCUUUGAACCCACGUAUAUCUACAGACUCCUGACUGUUAACAAGUCAAGCCUCUCUGAAAAGGGCCGACAGGAAGACGCUGAGGAGUACUUAGGCUUCAUUCUAAAUGGACUGCAUGAGGAAAUGCUGAACCUGAAGAAGCUUCUCUCACCAAACAAUGAAAAACUUUCCAUCUCCAACGGGCCCAGGAGCCACCUGCUGGACGAGUACGAGCAGGAGGAGCCGGGCGAGGGGAGCGAGGACGAGUGGGAGCAAGUGGGCCCCAGGAACAAGACCUCCGUCACCCGCCAGGCGGAUUUCGUUCAGACUCCAAUCACCGGCAUUUUUGGUGGACACAUCAGGUCUGUGGUUUACCAGCAGAGUUCAAAAGAAUCUGCCACUUUGCAGCCAUUUUUCACGUUGCAGUUGGAUAUCCAGUCUGACAAGAUACGUACGGUCCAGGAUGCAUUGGAAAGCUUGGUGGCAAGAGAAUCUGUCCAAGGUUAUACUACAAAAACCAAACAGGAGGUUGAGAUAAGUCGAAGAGUGACUCUGGAAAAACUCCCUCCUGUCCUCGUGCUCCACCUGAAACGGUUUGUUUAUGAGAAGACUGGUGGCUGUCAGAAGCUUAUCAAAAACAUUGAAUAUCCUGUGGACUUGGAAAUUAGCAAAGAACUUCUUUCUCCGGGGGUUAAAAAUAAGAAUUUUAAAUGCCACAGAACCUAUCGGCUAUUUGCAGUGGUCUACCAUCACGGCAACAGUGCCACGGGCGGCCACUACACCACAGACGUCUUCCAGAUCGGUCUCAACGGCUGGCUGCGCAUCGACGACCAGACGGUCAAGGUGGUCAGCCAGUACCAGGUGGUGAAACCCACCGCGGAACGCACGGCCUACCUCCUGUAUUACCGCCGGGUGGACCUGCUGUGACCUCUCUGUGUGUGCCCAGUCUGCGUGGCAGACACCAGCUCUCACUAACUUCCUGCCUCUCUUAGUGGCUCUGUAGAGAGAAACUCUUUCUCCCUGUUGCAGAAAUGGGCUAGAAUGAAAGGACAUGCCUUGGGCUUUGUGCACAACAUAGUUCAUGUUUACUUCUAACUUCCAAAUCAAAAUCAUUUGGUUGAAACAGACUGUUGCUUGAUUUUAGAAAAUACACAAAACCCCACAUUUCUGAAAUGAUGCUGAUUCCUCGGAUGAGAAAGGGAACUUGCAUUUGAUUCCCAGUCUAAUUGCUUCGUAGAAUAAAUCCUGCACCAGCAACAACACUUGUAAAUUUGUGAAAAUGAAUUUUAUCUUUCCUUAAAAAAAGAAAUUUUUUAAUCCAUCACACUUUCCUCCCCACCCUUUAGUUUUUGAUAGACAAUAAAAAUGAGCCAGUUAUCAAAGAAGAAAUAGUUCUUACUUCAAAAGAAAAAAUAAACACAAAAAAUAAGUUGCUGGUUCCUAACAGGAAAAAUACAUUUUGAUAAUUGCGCGCUGGGUCACUGCUCACAUGCACACUGCAGAUCAAAUAUUUGAAGUUAAGCUGUUAGUCCGCGUAGAUGGGUGAUUGUAACUUUAUUGCCAUUAAAAGAUUCCCAGUUGAAUUCAUGCUUCCGUGGACACACAGUGGCAAUGGGCACAGUGUGAAGACUGGUGUUUCCGUACGUCUGCUCUGUUCACUCCUGCUGUCCGCUCUCCUGCGGCGCUGCGUCCCUAAUGUACACGGUCUAGUGACCUCUAGGAGUAUAAAGUUGUCGCCCAUCAAUAAAAUCACCAAGUUGGUUUAAA